AUGAUGCAAUUCUUCCAGGAGCAUAUUGGCUCUCUAAUGUACACGAAUUAUUAUCUUUUGCUACUGCUGCUGAGAAAGAUAUGUUGCGUGGAGUUGAUCUAGUUUCUGAUUCUAGUAGAAAUUUUGAAUGGCAUGAUUAUGAAAGACUUGUGUCUAUUGUUAAACACGAUUUGGAAAGUUUAGAGUAUAAUAUAUAUCAUACAUGGAUGAAAGAAUUAAAGAAACGAUUAUCCAAAAUGGUCAUUCCCUCUGUGAUUGAAAGCCAAUCAUUACCCGGUUUUAUAACGAGUGAAAGUAAUCGAUUUCUUACAAAAUUCAUAACUGGUCCUGCAGCACCUGCAUUCAGCAUGGAUGAUCUUCUCAACUUCCUAAAUAAAGUUUGGAAAGCAAUGAAAUCAUAUUAUGUAGAAAUGUCUAUUAUUCAACAAGUUGUUACUGAAUUAUUGAAACUUGUUGGAGUGACAUCAUUUAAUGACUUGUUAAUGAGACGUAAUUUCUGCUCUUGGAAACGAGCCAUGCAAAUUCAAUACAAUAUCACGAGAAUUGAAGAGUGGUGCAAAAGCCAUGAAAUGCCUGAAGGUACACUUCAAUUAGAACACUUGAUGCAAGCUACUAAACUUUUACAACUUAAAAAG